AUGGCAUCAACAAUCUUGUACCAAGCUCUCAUAGCUCUAAUAAGCUUCGCCAUUUACCACCAGCUAUUCCGCAGCAAGAAGAAGAAUCUACCACCUGGGCCAAAAGGAUUGCCCAUCGUCGGCAAUGUUCUCGAUCUACCUCCCAAAGGCGUCCCCGACUACAUACACUGGAAAUCAGUGACGGACAAAUAUGGGCCGAUUGCCUCUGUCACGAUCAUGGGGCGGCAUCUGAUUUUCAUUGCCGACAAACAAGAUGCACAGGAAAUUCUCGACAAGAAGAGUUCCGCCUCGUCUGGGCGCCCUGCUUUCGAAUUUAGCAAAUAUUCAGGCUUUGGGAAGAUGAUCCCUAUCCAUCAACAGACUAGAGAGUUCAAGGUUCAUCGGAAGUUUAUGCAUAAAGGUCUUGGAACCAAGCUCAUAGUGAGCAAGCAUGCGGAUAUUCUGGAACUACACACUGGAUUGCUACUGCAGGAUACGCUAAAGGCACCCGAGCAGAUCCUUCGGCAUCUAGAAAUUCAUGCAGAUGCAGUCAUGCUCAGAAUCUUGUACGGCUAUAAUACCAGCCCUCAUGGAGAUGACCCUCUGGUAAAGUUGAGUGACCACGUGGUUGCCAACUUCUUCCGCGCUUGCGAUGCCUUUGGAAGACUUAUCGAGUAUUUACCUGCGGUUAAGUGGCUUCCUGAUGGACUUCCUGGCACAGCCUUCAAGGCUGAGGCCAGGCAGCACAACCGGAAUGCUUCAGUCUAUGCUGAAGAGCCUUAUCAGUUCGCUCGGAGGCAAUUAGCGAGCCACAAGAACACGACAUCAUUUAUCGCGAGGCUUAUUCAAGAGCACACUACAGACGCUGGGGAGCUCAAUGAAGCUGACGCGCAUGCCAUCAAGUGGUCAGCUGCAGGCUUGCAAGUUGGUGGUUCGGAAACCACCGUCACAGUGACUAGGACCUUCAUCCUGGCGGCCAUCAUGUUCCCGGAAAUUCAACAAAAGGCGCGGGAAGAAGUCGAUCGAGUGACUGGCGGUACUCGUCUGCCUGUUCUUGCCGACCAGGAGCAGAUGCCCUAUAUCAGCGCCAUAUUCGCCGAAGCUCUUCGGUUUUUUCCAACAGCGCCGUUGGGCUUCCCCCAUGCUAUGUCAGAAGACAUGACAUACAAGGGCUAUGACUUACCCAAGGGAUCGAUUCUUUUGCCGGAGAUUUUUGAGUUCUGCCAUGACCCUUCGAUUUAUAGAGACCCUUAUAAGUUUGAUCCAGAUCGCUUUCUCGAGCCGCGGAAUGAGCCGAGUCCGUUUUGGACCGUCUUUGGGUUUGGACGUAGGAUAUGCCCCGGGCGACAUCUUGCGGACGCGACUUUGUUUCUCAAUAUUGCUUGUCUGGUGGCUUUUUUCGACUUGAGCAAAAUUGUUGAUGAGCAGGGCAAUGUGAUGGAACCAAAGGUUGAGCUUGACCCUGUGAGAAGCGCUGUUGCAAAGGUGGCGCCGUUUCCAUUCAAAGUUACGGUGCGGAGCGAGAAACAUGCGGAGUUGCUCAGGGACUUGGAAAAGAAUUAUCCAGCUGAGGAGGGAGAUGCGAGUUUAUUAGGCGAUCUGACGCUGCCCUAA